GUCCAUGUAUACAACCAACUUGUCCUCCUCCGUGCGCCCGUCGCGACGACCUCGUUUAUAUAAUCCCCCACGCCCACACAGCUAGAUCCAAAGCGAGGCAACAAAGCAUCUUCUACCCACGAGCGCACACGGCAAUCCGCCCACGCCGCCUGACCGACGGCGACGAUGGCGGGUGGCGCCGCCGGGGCGAGCAAGCUGGAGAGCCCGCUGCUAGCCGCGGCGACGGCCAGCCACACCGGCAGCGGGCACGGGGUGGAGGCGGUGAGCGGGCGGCUGGAGAGCAUCCUGAGCGAUGAGUCCCUGCCGUGGGGCCGCCGGAUGUCCGCGGCGACGCUGGUGGAGAUGCGCCUGCUGGUGCGGCUGGCGGCGCCGGCGGUGGUGGUGUACAUGAUCAACUACCUCAUGUCCAUGUCGACGCAGAUCUUCUCCGGCCACCUCGGCACGCUCGAGCUCGCCGCCGCGUCGCUGGGGAACACGGGCAUCCAGGUCUUCGCCUACGGCCUCAUGCUGGGCAUGGGGAGCGCGGUGGAGACGCUGUGCGGGCAAGCCUACGGCGCGCACAAGUACGACAUGCUGGGCGUCUACCUGCAGCGCUCGACGGUGCUGCUCAUGGCGACGGGCGUUCCGCUCGCCGUCCUCUACGCCUUCUCCCGCCCGAUCCUCGUCCUCCUCGGCGAGUCCCCGGAGAUCGCGUCCGCCGCCGCCGUCUUCGUCUACGGCCUCGUCCCGCAGAUCUUCGCGUACGCCGCCAACUUCCCCAUCCAGAAGUUCCUGCAGGCGCAGAGCAUCAUGGCGCCCAGCGCCUACAUCUCCGCCGCCACGCUCGCCGCCCACCUCGCCCUCAGCUACCUCGUCGUCUACAAGCUCGGCCUGGGGCUCCUGGGCGCCUCGCUCAUGCUCAGCGUCAGCUGGUGGGCCAUCGUCGUCGCGCAGUUCGUCUACAUCGUCACCAGCCGCCGGUGCAGGCUCACGUGGACGGGGUUCUCGUGGCAGGCAUUCUCCGGCCUGCCCAGCUUCUUCAAGCUCUCGCUCGCAUCCGCCGUCAUGCUCUGCCUCGAGACCUGGUACUUCCAGAUACUCGUGCUCAUCGCUGGACUCCUCAAGGACCCCGAGCUUGCGUUGGCAUCGCUCUCUGUCUGCAUGACAAUCUCAGGGUGGGUGUUCAUGAUCUCGGUUGGGUUCAAUGCAGCUGCCAGUGUCCGGGUGAGCAAUGAGCUUGGCGCCGGCAACCCCAAGUCGGCGGCGUUCUCUGUCUUGGUGGUGACGGUGCUGUCAUUCAUCCUGUCGGUGAUCAUCUCCGUCGUCAUCCUGCUCUGCCGGGACUACAUCAGCUACAUCUUCACCGAGGGCGAGGACGUGUCACGGGCAGUGUCCCAACUGACGCCACUGCUGGCUUUCACUCUCAUCCUCAACGGCAUCCAGCCCGUCCUCUCCGGGGUGGCCGUGGGGUGCGGAUGGCAAGCGUUCGUCGCGUACGUUAACGUCGGCUGCUACUACAUCGUCGGCAUCCCCCUCGGGUGCCUCCUCGGCUUCUACUUCGACCUCGGAGCGGCGGGCAUUUGGAGCGGCAUGAUUGGUGGCACACUGAUGCAGACCUUGAUCCUGAUCUGGGUUACAUUCAGGACCAACUGGGUCAAAGAGGUGGAAGAAGCGCAGAAAAGAUUAAACAAGUGGGAAGAAAAAUCUCCCCUAUUGCUAGAUUAAGAAUGAAAUGAAGUUUCCUCUAUUGGCAACCCAAAAGAAUGAGGCAUGGAUAUGGUCCUCUAUUAUUGGGUCAUCAGUGAAACCGGGGGUGCGCGAUGUGCUCAUCACAGAAGGAAUUUGAUGCGCCUCCUGCAAUGAAGGACCUUAUGGACAGCGAUUCUGCAAAUGUUUAAUGGAAGUAGCUGCUUUUUGAAAACCAUUGAUAAGUGCUAGUUAAUUUUGUGGUACUCAUUUAUUUUGUGUAUGUUCCUAUCUGAGAACUCAAACAAAUUUGUUGAGAAAUGCUUAUAUGCGAUUGCUUGGCCGCCUGUUCAGCUCA